ACACUCUGUCCAGAACAACAACCAACAACACUCUGUCCAGAGCAACAACCAACACCACUCUGUCCAGAACAACAACCAACAACACUCUGUCCAGAGCAACAACCAACACCACUCUGUCCAGAACAAUGACCAACAACACUCUGUCCAGAACAACGACCAACACCACUCUGUCCAGAACAACGACCAACACCACUCUGUCCAGAAGAACGACCAACAACACUCUGUCCAGAGCAACGACCAACAACACUCUGUCCAGAGCAACGACCAACAGCACUCUGUCCAGAGCAAUGACCAACAGCACUCUGUCCAGAAGAACGACCAACAGCACUCUGUCCAGAGCAACGAGCAACAGCACUCUGUCCAGAGCAACGAGCAACAGCACUCUGUCCAGAGCAACGAGCAACAACACUCUGUCCAGAGCAAUGAGCAACAACACUCUGUCCAGAGCAAUGACCAACAGCACUCUGUCCAGAAGAACGACCAACAGCACUCUGUCCAGAAGAACGAUCAACAGCACUCUGUCCAGAAGAACGACCAACAGCACUCUGUCCAGAAGAACGACCAACAGCACUCUGUCCAGAGCAACGACCAACAGCACUCUGUCCAGAAGAACGAGCAACAGCACUCUGUCCAGAGCAACGAGCAACAACACUCUGUCCAGAAGAACGACCAACAACACUCUGUCCAGAACAACGACCAACAGCACUCUGUCCAGAAGAACGAGCAACAGCACUCUGUCCAGAAGAACGAUCAACAGCACUCUGUCCAGAAGAACGAUCAACAGCACUCUGUCCAGAAGAACGACCAACAGCACUCUGUCCAGAGCAACGACCAACAGCACUCUGUCCAGAAGAACGAUCAACAGCACUCUGUCCAGAAGAACGACCAACAGCACUCUGUCCAGAGCAACGACCAACAGCACUCUGUCCAGAAGAACGAGCAACAACACUCUGUCCAGAACAACGACCAACAGCACUCUGUCCAGAAGAACAAGCAAAAACACUCUGUCCAGAGCAACGACCAACAACACUCUGUCCAGAAGAACGACCAACACCACUCUGUCCAGAAGAACGACCAACACCACUCUGUCCAGAACAACGACCAACAGCAGUCUGUCCAGAACAACGACCAACAGCAGUCUGUCCAGAACAACGACCAACAGCAGUCUGUCCAGAACAACGACCAACAGCAGUCUGUCCAGAACAACAACCAACAACACUCUGUCCAGAACAACAACCAACAAUGUACCCACAAGGUACUGAUCAUUAAGGCAUUAACAAACAAGAAGUCGCUAACAAAACAACAACAACCAACAAUCUCACAAGUAAAGAACAAACCUCUAAUAAGCCAGUGUGCUCUGACACUCCA